AUGAAGAGUUUGGGGUAGGAUUAAGUUAUACUGUAACUGUUACAGUAUAACAAAUGGUUUAAAAUGGGCGUUUUAAGACUAAAUAUUAAAAUUAGAUAGUUGAAGCUAAAGAAUUAAAAUUCCGAGUAUAAAAUUUCAAAUUUAAGCCCACUAAUACACUGUCGUCAACAACUAUACCGUCAUGAUUACGAGAAUUGGCUGGUCGCCGCCUUAUUACCAUCAAAACACCAAGCUUCAUUCAUGUCAAUAUUGGCUUUGAAUGUUGAAAUUUCAUUGAUUCGAGGCAAAAUUCGACAGAAUUCUGGACUCGAUGGUAUCAAUCAGCUUAGUUUUUGGAAGGACGCUUUGAAGACAUUGGCUGGGGAGAAGAAGGGGCCUAUACCACGGUGAGAUAGCAUUCGAAAUAGGGGUUUUUACUCGAAAAAUUUGUUUUUCACAGUGAAAAAGGUUUUUUUGGCUAGAAAACACUUAAAAACUACCUAAAAUAAACUAAUUUUAAACAUUUUAGUCAGCCAACAAUCAAAGCCCUUCAAAAAGCGGUGGAAAUCACGCCAACUUCACUAAAGCUGGCCGAAAACUUGGUCACAGCAAGACAACAAACUCUCGGAGAUCGACCAUUCAAAGAUGUGGCUACUCUCGAAGAGAAUUCGAAACUUUUACAUUCAUCCAUAAUUCAAUUAUUGGCUACAGAACUCGAUAAUUCACAUAAUGAAGCUGUGGAGCAGGCCGCUAACUUCAUGGGGACGGCGCUUGGGAUCACAACUUUAUUGAGGUGGGUUAAUAUUGUGGGCUGUUUUUAUAGUUUUGGGGUGAAAUAAUGUUUGAACUUGAUGUGGGAUAGGUUUUUGCUUUGAAUUUUGUUAAAAUUUUAAAGUUACGUUGAUUUAUAUGGCAGAAAACAUGAAUUUCAACCAAAAUUUGGCUGUUUCAGUCCGUUUUCGAAAGUUCUUGGACGUUUUUUGAAAUAAUUUUAUAAGAUAAACAUAGAACAGAGUCUUCGCUUUCAUAUUAUUAAAAAUUUUCAAAGAAAAAACUAAAAAGGAACGAUGAAACACGUUAAAAUCAGUAAAGAACAGCCAAAAAACGCCUUUCGCUCUACUCUUUCUCCGAUUUCGAAAGGCCAAAAAGAAAACAAAGGAAACGUGGUGUGUGCCCGGUUAGCUCAGUCGGUAGAGCACCAGACUCUUAAUCUGGCUGUCGCGGGUUCGAGCCCCGCAUCGGGCUAAGGAAUUUUUUGCUGUUUUUUGUUAAAUUUUGAUGAUUUUUUGAAUUUUUAAGUGAAUGUAAGGAAAUUUUAAACAUUUUGGGGGUUUAAAAAGUUGUUCAUUUUGCUUGGAAUGGGUAAAAAGUUUAAAAUUUUCAAAAAAUUUGUUUAAAAAUCGAAAAAAUUGGUUUCAGAGCCACCGUUCCGUUACUAAAAGAAGGCGUAGUGAUGCUACCAAAAGACCUAAUGCAAAUACAUGGCCUCACCAGCGACAAAGUCUACACAAACAGGAAUCCAGAAGCCCUAAAGGCAUUGGUUAAAGACCUAUAUCAACUGGCGGAUCAAAAUCAAAAAAGUGCGAGAAAGCUGGCGGUCGAUAUUAAGGACGCCCAAAAACCGGCCUUCCUGGCAGCUGGCCUAAAAGUUGAUCAUGCUUUGAAGUGUGUGACACGAGCCAACUAUAGUUUGUUCACUCACGAACUUCAGAAGCACAGUCCGUUUGCCGCUUCGAUCUUGUGGUGGAGGUACAAGUGGAGCGGGUUUUAG